UGUGUGACUUCACUCCAGCAUUUCCAAGUAACUUCCCGGAUUUUACCAGUAUUUCCCAACAAUGCACCAAAGAAUUUCAACAAACCAGACAUCAGUAUUGAUAUGCCUCAUUGGAAUACUACUGACAGGAUGUGUAGCGGAAGACAAGCAGUGUGAGGUGUUGGACGUCUCUGUCAAACCCAAUGAGGUAAACUCAACCUUCGUGUACGGCAUCACAUACAAAGACCCCUCCUGCCCCAACAAAGAAAAGCUGAAAAGAAAACUGAUCAUGUGCAAUACAUCUGGGAGCUACCUGAACCUGGGGGGUGAAGGGGAGGUCCAUAACUGCUUCUUUGAGGGAAUGUGGAUGGUGACAGUGUCUAAAAACGUGAACUCCACCUGUUUCCAUUGCUGGGGGUUGUAUAUGAAACACCACACACUACCCUUUUUGAGAUAUGAUUUCCUGAACAUCACAUUAAAAAAUGUUCACCCUGCAGUGAAAAACUGGAAUCUCACUAUCUAUAAGACCACAGUUAAGGCAGACUUCUACCCCUGUAGGAAAGGAACCAAUUUAAACGAGAUAACAGAAAGGUUUCAGGACACGCAUCUGAAGGCAAACAUCACGCUAUCGCUAAUCACGCUGAAACAUUCCUUUGACCCAAAUGCCUGUUAUUGCCUCGUGCUGAACCCAAUCAGCCAUUUGCCUCUAGAGCCUCGCAACACGUUCUUCACCACCAGCGACUGCAGACCCACUGCACCCUCACCUGAGAACGGAGUAUCACCGAUAGAUGAUCUGUCAAUGUCGAAAUGGGAGGAGGCAGAGUGGGGAGUGCUGGUGGGCAUGAUGCUAUUGAUGGUGGCCAUGAUUUUUGUUGCUUUCCGCAGUCCCGUAUUUCUCAGCAAAAUCCUCAGGCUGAAACGACUUAUAGUCACUGAGACGCCAUCUGAGAAGCCAGUGCCAUCCUGCGACUCUCAGGUGCUGCUUCUCUACGCACCAGACAUUUCAGACAGCCAGGACUUGAAUAUAUUGAAAAAGAAUCUUCAGGCUUCCUUCAAGGUGUACGAUUUGUUUGAUCGCCCAGACCACAACCAAUUAGCUGACCCAUGCGGGUGGACAGAGGAGGUGUUGUUGUCGACCACAGGCGUGAAGGUGCUGCUGGUGGAGUCUGUGGGACUGCUGAAAAAGAUUGCUUCUCUGCUUGAGUCUGAUAAAGAAAGUUUCAUGGAUGCGAUGGUGGCAAAGAAAUCUUUACAUGAUAAAACUGCAGAAAGUCUCUUGACGUUUGCUCUCAGGACCAUUAUCGCCUCAAGUCUUCGACAGGACUACUCGUCUGUAUUCGUGGUCAGGUUCACGGACGAAGUGAGGGAUGCAGUUGACCUGCUGGUGCAGAUGCGACGGUACAAAUUCCCGGACCAUUUUUCGGAGCUCUCAAAAGACAUGAAAGAAGCGAAACGCAGGAAUGUGUAGAGGGAGGGAGAGAGAGAGAGAGAGAGAGAGAGAGAGAGAGAGAGAGAGAGAGAGAGAGAGAGAGAGAGAGAGAGAGAGAGAGAGAGAGAGA